AUGUCGUUUCUAUUGGCGCUGGCUGUCGCGUCCGCGCCGGCCGUUGUACUGCACGCUCCGCUGGUGCCGCGGCGAGCAGCAGGCGUGAGACCGGGGCUCGUACCGCGAUGCCGCUCUGCGCCGCUGUUCGCGUGCGAAAGUGAGACGAGUGAGUCCGAGCGGCGGGACUCCAACUUGUUCGAGGACGUGUGGUCGAAGUAUGUGCUGAUCCGGCCGGGUUGGAAGAUGGACGAGCUCAAGCAGUCGACAAAGCUGCGGACUGCAAGAACGUGGUCUUGGGAGGAGCGCACGCCAGGUACCGCCCGCACGAUUGUGCUGAGCGCCGCCGUCAUUGUCAUCAUGGCCAUCCCCUACCUGGUCAUUCCCUAUUUGCUCGAGUUUGCUGCGCUGUCCGUCUCGGGCGUAACGCCCCAGGAGUAUUUUGCGGCGGGAAGCUCCGACGUGGCGAGCAACGUCGUCGGUGCACUCGGCGAGCUCGGCAGGGUCAUCGCCGACGCGCUGGAAUGGCUUUUUGCGGAGACGGCCGCGUACUAG